CACAAAAGUUCUUGAGUUGAGCUAUUGAAAAUAUUGAUAUAGAAAAUUGAUUUCAUAGUUGAUGUUAAUUUUCUCCUUUAAUAUUGACUUCCUAACUCCAUCUAGUAAUUUUUAGGAGAGACUUAUAUGUCGCCUUACUCCAUUGACGUAUUCCAGUAUCUAAUUAGGCGCGAAACCCACUAGGCAAGGUGUUCUGCCAUUGCCUUACGCCUAGGCGUGUCUAUGUGUAAGGUUAAGUGUGUCGACUUGAACCAUGAUCAUAAGUAUGUAAUUGACGAGUUAAAUGUCAUCUGUGAUAAAAGAUAAUUAUCUUCUAUAAUUUGGUUUUGCUAAUUAACUCCAAGCUAAUUCGCUUCCAGGUGUCGAACCUAGAAGUGUCGCCAAGUCAGCAAAAAUAUUAGUCCAAAGUCGAUAGUUAUAGCUAUAGUUAACCAGGUGUAUUAAAUUGAAUGAUCAAUGAUGUAUUGUGUUAGUGUAUGAUAAGAUUUUGUAGUGGUUUUGUAAUCUUAAUAUUUUCCUUGUAAUAAUAGUACUUUCCAAAAUACUUGAUAUUAAAUAACAAUAUCUUCGAGUCCACUCCACUACUCCAGUCAACUCUCUCUCUCCUGACUCCUGAGAUUCUACUUCAUUCCGAUGGCUGCCAUCCACCCGUUCUGCAAAUAGCAGCCAAAAAAUACAAGCUAGCCAACGCAACCAGCAAGAAGAUGAUACGAUCCCCAAACACCUCGUUUCUCCCAACACUUCCCUUCCUUCUGCUGCUUUUCCUCCUCACAGCCCAAGCAGCUCAACCCAGAUUCCUCGCUCAGACUUGCAAUUCCUCCUGCGGCGAACUAACAGGCAUCACCUACCCAUUUCGCCUCACCACCGACCCACCAGGCUGCGGCGACGCGGACUACGAGAUCUCCUGUGAGAAUGACAAACCCACUUUGCAAUUCCACUCCGGUAAGUACCACGUCCGCCGAAUCUCCUACGGAAGCCGCACAAUUCGCGUCGUCGAUCCGAGCUUCUUCGCCGCCAAUGGAACCUGCAUCGGCUUGCCUUCCCAAUCGCUUUCCGUUAUGGAAUUGAAUGAAGACCCCCGUUACAGAGGAUUCGCUUCCAACAUCGAGACCAGCUUUGUGCGAUGCAGCGGUAAUAUCACCAUCCAAUCUUACAGGAGAGUACCUUGCUUGAGUGAUGAUGAUGGGUUGAAUUCAGUUUAUGUCAGCUACGGGACUUACAUAAUUUCUGGGCUCAAGGGUCCUUGCUCUUUCCUCGCUAGGGUUCCCACGAUUUAUCAGGCGGUGAUGGGUCCGAGCUAUGAGAAUAUUAUGCUGUUGUUGCAGGAAGGGUUUGACCUUGGAUGGUCUGUUGAGUGCCGGGAUUGCCUUGCUCGUGGUCAUGAAUGUGUUAUGACUGGAUAUGACACUCCAUUCACCUAUGAAUGUCGCAGUCCAGAGUAUUACAUCUAUGGUGUGGUUUCAUUCUUCGCCCGUUUUCUUUCCAGUGUUUUCUUUGAUAUCACUCUGGUGGCCAGGUUCGUCCUCGCUCCAAUGGUGGUUUUUGGGUUCCUGAUCCACAAGUACAGAACAACAGCACAGAAGAGUACUGUUACAGAAAUGGUGGUGGCCAAGGGGAAGUUUGUUGCUGUUCCAAAUUCUUCUUUUGUCCCUAGAAGGUACUCUUACGCUGAUAUAGUUGUGAUGACGGGCCAAUUCAGAGACAAAAUAGGCCGAGGCAGGUUCGGUACUGUGUUCAAGGGAAAACUGCCUGAUGGUGGUUUGGUCGCCGUCAAAGUGCUUGGUGAUCCAAUCAAGUUCACUGGCGAUGAUUUCGCGAAUGAAAUCAGUGUAAUUGCUAGAGUUCAUCAUAAUAAUGUGGUUAGGCUUCUAGGAGUUUGCUCUGAAGGAUCUCACAAUGUUCUCGUAUCGGAUUACAUACCUAAUGGAUCGCUCGAUAAGUACAUAGCUUCAAGAGAAGAGGGAAUAAAACUUCAGCCUCUUAGCUGGGAGCAACUCCUUCAAAUUGCUUUGGGGACAGCUCGAGGGAUCCGGCAUCUACAUGAUGGAUGUGAUUCAUGCAUUCUUCAUUUGGAUAUUAAAUCUCGAAAUGUGUUGUUGACCAUGGUUUUGUUCCAAAAGUUGCAGACUUUGGGCUGUCCAAAUUCCAUAACAAGGAGGGAAAUGAUUCUUUCUCGAUGGGGAUUCCGAGAACUGAUCUCCAGUAUGUUGCACCAGAAGUGUUCACAAAUGGCUUGGGAGAUGUUUCGUGCAGAUCAGACGUUUACAGUUUCGGGAUGUUGUUGCUUGAAAUGGUCGAAGGGAAAUGGCUGGCCGAAUCGAAGGGGAAAUCUUCUUCCCAAGUGUACUUCCCCAUGUGGGUUUAUGAUCAUUUAAGCGAAGGAGGAGAUUUGGAGCUACAGAAUGCUACUCGACUCGAAUCUGCUAUAGCGAGGAAGUUGUGUGUUGUGGGAUUAUCGUGCAUCCAAAAGAAUGUGUCACAGCGUCCAUUGAUGGCCAAAGUUGUGGAAAUGUUGGAAACCAAUGGUGAUCAUCUGCAGUUGCCUCCAAACUCGUUCUGCUUUCCGGAACAUGUUUCUGCCAAGGACCUUCAAUCGGAUUCUUCCAGACAAUUAUUGAUACCUGAAUCUGUGGAGCCAAGCUCGUAGCUUUUGGCUCUCUUUCCUUUCUAUCUCCGGUAGUUGGGUAACGAGUUAAGAAUGCAUGGCAAGUCCUGUGGAAGGUCAAUGUAGAUGGUGUGGUUGCUGCAUUUUGGUUGAUCAAGUUCGACUCUGAGUUACCUUCUUUGCGCAGCUGAAGAAGGAAGUGUUGUAUUGUAUCCUUUUUGUGUUGCUCCUUGAGAAAUAUUGUCCAGCACUCCAGCUACAGCGUGAACUGCAGAUAUUAUGAUAAGGCCAUUGAAGACAGGUGCUUCACAGUUUGGCAUAAGUGAAUCUGACUUGAAGAAUUAAGGCGAUUAUUAGAAGUUUGAUCCAGAGUUGGUUUAGUAGUUAUGUUGGAACUUGGUUUCUGUCGUUCAAUUAUGACUUUUCCCAGAAGGAAGCCCGCGCUCUGCGUGAUGCAAGUGCUUAUAGAGCAAGCAGUUCUAUAACAGUAUAUAUAUGCAUAUGAAUGGGUAAAUCGUAAAUCGUGUAAUCUUGGGGAUUGCUAUUCGUCGCCCUAAUUAUAUAAAAUUUACUCUAAUGCCCUUAUUUUUUUUUUUUUUGUCUUUCGAACAUUUAAACGCUAAUUUUACUUUUGUCGCCCUAACUUUAAAUAUAGAAUUAUUAAAUAACCAAAUCAAAAUUAAAAAAAAAAUCGGAAAUCCCUAAUCUUCAUCAUCUCAACGAGAGCAACAUCGCUCUUCAAAGCACCUCCACCGCCGGGAACUAGCUUGCACUCUAAACCCAAUCCGCUUGAUUGUGAUCAUGAUCAAGUUGCAACCACCGUGGCAUCCAGAGCAAUGAGCCCCAUAAAUCACAGCCACAACCUUCCUAAUCUUCUCCAUGGCUGCAAAUACACUCCUUCAGUGAAC